AUGGAUCUCCUGCUUGAUACCGCCGCCACCCCUCCCUCAGAGACCCUUGUGACCUCUGACCCUGCUAACUGCAGCGGGUGGGGGGGGCCCUACCUGCACAAGUUAGCUCACCUGGACGUGCAGCUGUACCACGACUUCUACGCCGUGUGGGUCUCCCUCAUGGCGUGCAACAGCGUGAUGCUCGUGCUGGGCGUGGUCCUCAACAGCCUGGCUCUGUACGUCUUCUGCGGCCCCCACCACUCGCAGUCGGCGUCGGUGGUCUACACGGUGAAUUUAGCCGUGGCCGACCUGCUGGUGGCGCUGUCGCUGCCCGCCCGCAUCGCCCUGUACCACAGCGGCGGACGGUGCGAGGCCUGCGCUUACGUGCACGCCUUCAGCUACUUUGUCAACAUGUACUGCAGCAUCCUCUUCCUCACCAGCAUCUGCAUUGACCGCUACCUGGCUGUGGUGCACGCUUCAAGCACGCUGCAUCCAUGGAGGAGCACAGGUGCAGCCAGGUGUGUCAGUGUGGCGGUGUGGACGCUAGCGGUGGUGGUCACCUACUCUUUCCAGACAACUGCGCUAGAGUUGAGCACCUCCUGCGUCCUCCUUCCUGCCCUCUUGUACCUCACCAUCCUGGAGUUCCUGCUCCCCUUGCUGGCCGUGGUGGGCUUCACCCUGCGUGUGGCCUGCUUCCUCUCAUCCAGCGGGGGUUUGAUGGCCCACCAGCACAGCAGAGCGAGAAGGGCGCGCGCUGUCAAGCUGCUGACCGCCGUCCUCCUCGUCUUCACCGUCUGCUUCACGCCCUUCCACGUCCGCCAGGUUCUGGUGUACUCCGGCGUCCACGUAGGAGCGGAGGGUCACCCCGGCACGGGUCACGUGCUGGCUUACCACGUCACCGUGACGCUGAGCAGCCUGAACAGCUGCCUGGAUCCGGUGGUUUACUGCCUGGUGACGGACAGCUUCAAGAGGGUGUGGAGAACGCGCAGAAGAGGAGGGGAGGCGGGGCUUAACAAGAGCACCGGCACGGCUUUGGCGAUGGCUCACAGGGUGGCCACGCUUACGCUGACCAGAGCGCCCACGUCCGCUGCCAUCAUGGAACAGAAACAUGGACACAAGUGA